CUUCCACGUACCAUGGUGCAAAACACAAUACUGUGUUAGUUAGUAAUGCUGUUUGUGUUUGCAGAGCAACAUGAGGCUGAGCAGAUAGACUACCAUAUCUGCUGGCAGAAGGUGACAGAAACCAUGACGUGCACACGGCCGCUUGGUCCAAACUGGAAGGUCACAUACACAGAGUGCUGCUGUCUGCACGGAGAGGCCUGGGGCAUGGACUGUGCCCUGUGUCCCCCUAGAAACUCCGAGGAUUAUGCGUCCAUGUGUAACCGUCCUCUGGGUGACGGGCGCCGGACGUACGGUCAUGACGCUCUUGUUGCCGGCCCAGUCCAUGAACAUGAAGUGAGCCCUGACUAUUCACUAUCACCUGAGCAGCAGGCUGUCCUGCCUUUUUAUGAGAAAGAGGAGCAUCCAUACAAAGCAUUUGAGGGUUUGCAAGCAGAGGAGUGUGGGAUACUCAACGGCUGUGAAAAUGGUCGGUGUGUCCGGGUUCAGGAGGGUUACACCUGCGACUGCUUUGAUGGAUACACCCUGAACCUGUCCCGCAUGGCCUGCAUUGAUGUGAACGAGUGUUCAGAACUAAACAAUCGGAUGUCGUUAUGUAAAAAUGCAAAGUGCAUUAACACAGUGGGCUCCUAUCAUUGUGUGUGUCUGCCAGGCUUCACUGCCUCUGACAAACCCAACUACUGUGUGGAGGCAGCAAUACACCAAACAUCAGCACACACACAGUGAGCAUGGAUGGACAGUAGGGGGCCACAAGAGAAACUAAAACCACACGCACAAGCUUGUAUUACUAUACUUGUGAGGACGUCCACUGACUACAUUCAGUCAUUUGCAAAUCCUCAGCAGUAACCUUAAAGUUGAACUCUGGUUUGGUUAAAUUGUCCAGCAGCACUCCCAAAACACAGCUGAUCACCAGCAGUGACUUGGAGGAAUGGUAGAGAUAUUGGGGUCAUAUAACAAAAUCACAGAGUGUACCAUUAAACUGUUAAAAUCUAUUAAUAAUCUUUGCCCAAAAUCUUAAUUAAACCUCCAGUUUUAUACCCCUAAAUUUUGUUUUUGAAUUCACCAAAUUGUUAUUCUAAUCUUACUCCAUAAUUUAAAAUCCAGAUCUGCUGUUUACCAAGUGUCAUUAUUUUACUCACUUCCUGCAUUUCCUGUUCUACAACACUGUGGAUUUUUACAGUGCUUCUGUUGUAAAAUAUUCGUUAUAUUUUCUUAAUUUUCCAAUGUUGGCAUUUUAAAAUCCUUCCUAAAUAUUAUAAAGUACUCCUACUGUUAAGGCCCUGUAAAAAGCUUAAAAGUAUAAUUUCUUUAUUCAUUUUUACCAACUAGACGGUUAACACUGUAACCUACUCUGGUUUAUUUGGUUAAAGCAAUAGUUCAACAAUAGUUUGGCCUAUUGUAUGCUUAGUUGUAGUCUUUGCAGUUAGAUGGAAGAUUUUCUGUCUGUGCUUUAUGAAUGGAGCUAGAGGCAGGAAGGGAUUAGGUUGGCAUAGACUGCAAACAACUUCCAGUCUUUAUGCUCAGCUGUACUUACACAGAAAAUGAGAGUGCUAUCAAUCUACCUAUCUCACUCUUGGAAAGUGACUAACUGUAUUUUUCCACAAUGUUUAGGUUUAGCUUGAAUGAGCAGUAGUUGGCAGAAAAUGGGUCAUAAAUAUUUAUUAAAAAGUCAGUUUGGAGAACAAAAUGCACAAACCAAAAGAAAAAGAAAGUUAAAUCAUGACUCCCCUCUUUGCUGUUCUUUGUCCAGCUGUAACAAACAUUCACACUCCUGUAUGUUGUGUUUCUGUAUUGCUGAAUCAGAAUGGGGCUAGUAGCAGUUAGUGAAUGUUAAUGAGUUAAUCAUGAAGCCAAAAACCUGCAAAUACGCUGUGUUUUUUUGUUUUGAACCUUCAACCUUACUAUCACAUAGCACUGCAAAUAUAGUUGCAAGGAGUCAUUAUUAGUGUUAAAUGUGAGCAUUCAGUAUCCCUUAUAUAACACACUUUACUCUAAAGUUACCAUUGCAUUGAGAAUUUUGACACUUAUGAAUCAUAAUUUUCACAGAAAGACUCCAAGGUGGUGCCCAUUAAUUUCAGUGAAAAUUGCAUGAACUUAAGAACUGCUUUUCUUGGCUCUGGGAAUGUUUUACAAAUAUAAUAGUAAUAAUAAUAUCAAUGUAAAACCUUCUUGAAUUAGAAUUGUUUUGGGCAUUUUUUUGUCAUUUUGAAACUGCAAAAGAAAGUUGAGAUUUUUUUUUUGAAGGCAAAUGUUUUUUGUAAGAAUAAAAUUGCUAGUAGUUUGGUGACAUAUGGCUAAACAUUUUGCGCAGGAUACUGUUACGAAUGGUUAAGCUUGCGGGAAAAUUACUGGUCAAAUUUGAACGAAAAGCCACAGGAUCAGGGUUGUUACAGUAUAUCUUCUAGGAAACAUUAAUGUGUGUAUCAAAUGUUGAGCCAAUCCAUCCAACAGUUGAGACAUAUCACUCAAAACAACAAGCUAUUGGUGGCACUAGAAUAGAACCCAGGGGUCAUCAGAAUUCACCAUCUGGGUAACAUGAAUGUUUGCACCAAAUUUCAUGUCAUUUCUAUCAAUCCAUGUAAAUUAAUUGACUCUUCCUAAGUCCCACCCCUUUUUGCUCUGUGCUCCAAUAAAAGUUGAGCAAACUUCAGUCAGAACCUUAGUAAAUGUUCUCCUUUCCUGUACUUAGAUAUGCUAUGUGCUAGGCUAAUCUAUGUUGAAAAAACUAGUUAGCCUAAUGAUUGAUGUUGAUUUGCUUGCUAGUUAGCUAACAUUUUGCUAACAUUAGCUGACUCAAAAUGCGACAAUAUAUAUAUAUACACAGAUCAGCCACAACAUUAUGACUAGAUAGUCAUAAUGUUAGGUAGAUACCUAAUAUUGUGUAGGUCCCCCUUUUGCAGCUAAAACAGCCCUGACCUGGACAGGGGUCAGCAUGGGCACCCUGACUGGUCUACGGGCCAGCCUUCACUCCCCACUUUGCAUCAAUGAGCCAGUUCACCACUUCUCCUUCUUUUUGACCACUUUUGAAAGGUAAUGACCACUUGCAGACUGGGAACACCCCACAAGAGCUGCAGUUUUGGAGGCACUCUGAUCGAGUCCUCUAGCCAUCAAAGUCGCUCAGAUUUGUUUAGCUUCUAACACAUCAAAUUUUUACUUGCUGCUUAAUAUAUCCCACCCAUUGACAGGUGCCAUGAUCACAAGAUAUAUAUAUAUAUAUAUAUAUAUAUAUGUAUAUAUAUAUAUAUAUAAAGACAAAACUAAGUUUCAUAGAACAUUUGUUUAACUCACUUUAACAUGAAAGUAAGGUGAAUAAUAUAACUUUCUAAUAAACUCAGUUUUACUCUAAUUAGUUGAUGCAAAAAAUUAAUACACCACAACCACAACUACUAGAUCUAGUAUUUUGUAUGACCUCCAUGAUUUUUAAGGACAGCACCAAGUCUUCUAGGCAUGGAAUGAACAAGUUGGCAACAUAUUGCAACAUCUAUCUUUUUCCAUUCUUCAAGAACAACCUCUUUAAGAGCCUGGAUGCUGGAUGGAGAGGGAUGCUCAACUUGUCUCUUCAGAAUCCCCCAUAGGUGUUUGAUUGGGUUCAGAUCAGGAGACAUACUUGGCCCCUGAAUCACUUUCACCACGUUCUUCAGAAAUGCAAAAGUGGCCUUAUGUGUGUUUUGAAUCAUUGUCAUGUUGUAAGAAGUACACAACGACCAAGGGUCCAAAGUGAUUGAUGCAUCUUCUCUUUUAAUAUAGAGCAGUACAUCUGUGAAUUCAUGAUACUGUCAAUGAAAUGCAGCUCCCUGACACUCAUGCAGCCCCACAUAAGGACACUGCCACCACCAUGUGUCACUGUAGGCACCAUGCAUUUUUCUUUGUACUCCUCACCUUUGCGACGCCAUACAGUUUUGGAGCCAUUAGUUCCAAAAACAUUUAUCUUGGAUCUCAUCACUCCAGAGUAUAAAGUCCCAGUAGGCUUCAUCUUUUUCAGCAUGUGCCCUGGCAAAUCCUUGGCGGGCUUUUUUGCAUGGGCUUUAGGAGAGGCUUCUCAAGACACCCAAGCAUGCCAUUCCUCUGCAGGGGUACACUGUAUUAUGUCAUGGGAAACAGUCAUCCCAGUUUGGCUUUGUACUUUUUUACAGUGAACUUGAUACUUUUUGUAUCAUUUUUGCUACAGGGUUUACUCAUUUAUGCUAAGCAAUGUAUAUAUGUGUGUGUGUGUGUGUGUGUGUGUGUGUGUGUGUGUGUGUGUGAGACUUUUAUCUUUUCAAUCUUCAAAAUGUGGUUGUCUUUUCAACAUAGAUUAGCCAAGCAUGUAGCAUAUCCAAGUAUAAGAAAGGAGGAAGGUGACUGAGGUUCUGAUAAGGGGUGAGGCAAUUAAUGAGGUUUUUUCAAAGUAAUUAAGCUGGAUUAAAGUGACAUUGUCAUUGUGACAUUGCCAUCCCUGGAACCCCACAGCUAGUAUGGCUAAUACGUUUUGGAACCGAGUCUUUUCAAAAUUUCCACCCAUGUAUUUAUUAUGCUGCCUGAUAGCUAACUUAUUACUACCCGACACAUAUGAUGAAUUGUCAGAAUGAAUAAUAAUCAGUUGAUUUUUUUCUUGUUCUUGUUGUUGAAGCCCAACAACUAUGCCCAAUGCCUAAUGCCAAAAUGUUAACUGACAACCUCAAAGAAAUGGAAAUCAACUAGUUUGCCUUCAAACAAUUUUUUAUCUAUAAGGGGACAUUUGGUCCUUAAAAGUAUAGAAAUACAAGCACACACACAUAUAACACACUGACACUUACUUAAUCAAAGCCCAUAUAUUCUGCACUGUAUAAGAUACACACUAAUGAAACAAACAGUAAUUUACUUGAGAUGAAGAUUCAAUUGAAUCUACUAUGUGGGAGAUAGAAACACAGAACUGUAUAAAAUUAAUGUUUUGUCUGUUGCUUUUCUAAGUCUGUUUCUUUUUUGUUUUCAAGUGGAGUUUUAUGUGUGUUAUAAGAGGCCAUUUUUCUCAUUUAACGUAUCGACAAACCCUAUAGGGGGAUCCAGUUGUUAUUUUGUACCCAGUCAGAGUGAUUAUGGAUAUUUAAUUCUGUGAAGAGGCCAGCUGUCUGCUCCCUCUCUUCCUCCAUCGCCAACUGUCUUUCUGUCAAAAAGAAAAGCUUGUUUCUACACUACAGCAUCACUAAUCCAUUAAGAUACACAUUUUGACAUAUUAAAGAAAGUUGCUAUUGUAAAGUCUUUGGAAUAAGCUUUUUGGUGGAUUUUGUCUUUGUUUUGUCAUACAGUAAAACUACUGGUUGUCUGGAACAUAAGACAGUGUUCCAUGUUUCAUACAAAGAACUAAAAUACUUUUUUGUUUCCUAGUAUUCCUUCCCAUCUUCCUUUCCACUUGUGUUGAGAUGACUGAAAUUAUGUUUUAUUUUUCAUAUUUCUCUAAUCUGCAUUUCACUGCAAAGUCUUGCCAGGUUGUAAAGCUGCUAUGGGACAGCGAUGGGAGAGAAGAAACUUGUGUACAUUUAAACAAACGAGUGGAGAAAACAGCUGAUGUAUUUGUAAUUUGUACAUGAAUAAAUAGCUUUUUCUAUGAAUUCAUAUUACAGUGUACAUUAAACCCCUUGGUAAUAAACCACAUAUUGUAAUAUUUA